ACUUUUAAUUUCCUCCUUUUUUUUUUCUUGUUCUUCAAAUCGCAGGGCUUUCUCAGCUCUCUCUAGAAUCCUCUAUCGUUUAUAUGGCAUCUCAAGCCAGCCUCCUCCUUCAAAAACAGCUCAAAGAUCUUUGUAAGAAUCCGGUUGAUGGGUUCUCUGCCGGAUUGGUUGAUGACAACAAUAUCUUUGAAUGGAGUGUUACAAUUAUCGGACCACCUGAUACUCUUUAUGAAGGGGGAUUUUUCAAUGCCAUCAUGAGCUUUCCACCUAAUUAUCCAAACAGUCCCCCAACAAUGAAAUUUACAACAGAGAUUUGGCAUCCUAAUGGUAUACCUUUGUCUGUUCAUAAUCUUGUGCCUUCAUCUGAUGCAAGAAUUAAUAUGAUCUUUAAUGUUUUUGCAGUUUAUCCUGAUGGGCGUGUUUGCAUUUCUAUCCUUCAUCCUCCUGGUGAUGAUCCGAAUGGCUAUGAGCUUGCAAGUGAGCGCUGGAUGCCGGUUCAUACGGUUGAAAGUAUUGUAUUGAGUAUUAUAUCAAUGCUUUCCAGCCCAAACGACGAAUCUCCUGCAAAUGUUGAAGCUGCUGUAAGUGAUUGUUGCAUUUCUUGAUUAAUUCUGUGGUUGCAUGUGAUGUUACUUCCGAAUGUUUGAUGCCCUAACAUGGUGUCCACCCUUCUACUAAGGACUCUAGUGUUAUGAAACUCCCUUCAAAAUGCUUAUUUUAUCAAGCUCAGUUUACCAU